UCUAAAGAAAUCAAAAGGAAGAUUGGUGAUGUUGAAUUAGCAAAAGUGUUGAGGGAUGGCAAUUUGCUCCUCAUCUGUAAAAAUGAGGAAAUGCGACACAAUAUUAUGCAUGUAGACAGUAUUUGCAAGAAGGUAGUAAAGGAAAGGGUGGUAUUGGGAGGGAAGAAAGUGUCGCGUGGAGUCAUAACUGGCAUACCGGUGGAUGAGGAUCUGGACAAACUAAAGCGAAGUAUUCAGGGAGGAGACGUGACCAGGAUGAAAAGGCUCACAAGACUGGUGAACGGAGAAAGAGUCGAUAGUUUGUCUGUGUUAAUCGAGUUUGAGGGGAACAACUUACCUGACAAAAUAAAAAUCUGUUAUUUAAGCUUCAUGGUCAGGCCUUACGUGCCUCCUCCUUUACGGUGUUUUAAGUGUCAAAGAUUCGGACACGUAGCUGCAGUUUGUAGGGGUAAGCAGAGGUGUUUAAAAUGCGGAGGGGACCAUAAAAUAGAAGACUGUGCAGUCACAUCCAAAGAGAAGUGUUGUAACUGUGAAGGUGACCACAGGGUAACUUAUCCGGGCUGUGAAACCAGGAAGAGAGCUCUGGCCGUGCAACAGAUUAAGACUACGCAGAAUAUCAGCUAUGCUGAGGCGGUUAAGAAGCUUCAGAGUGAAACUCCUUCUUCCCAGACUGUCACUAAGGUGGGGUAUAAGAAAGGGGAAAGGGAAGAAUGUGAAGACUUGACAGUGGAAAAACUAAUGCUGUUUAUAGCCUAUGUGAUAAACUGUACGGAUCAGGUGAAACACAGAACUGAGAAAAUUAAGAUAAUUGUGAAGGGAGCUGAAAAAUUCUUGGGCAUGAAAUAUGGAUCCUGGGAACAAGUUCAUAAGAGACUUGAACUUGAUGGAAAGGGCAGUACUACUGGUGAGAGAACAAACUGCUAAUCCUACAGUGGAAGGCUAGAAGCUCGAUAGCCAAUGGACAGGAAUUUAAA